GUCACGUGCUGGGGGCAGCGGGAAGGCGGCGUUCUUGUUUCCUGGGCCCCUGUCCGCCAUGUUUUCAGGCCGGCUGAGCGUCGGUGUUUCCCCGUGAGGAAAUGGCCGGGGAGUUUCGGGGAGCCCAGGCGCCGGGGCCUCGGCGGAGCCCAGGCUGACCCGGAGCGGUUGUGCGCGGGGCGGGAGGCCAUGGCGUCCGGCAGUAACUGGUUGUCCGGCGUGAACGUCGUGCUGGUGAUGGCCUACGGGAGCCUGGUGUUCGUACUGCUGUUUAUUUUUGUGAAGAGGCAAAUCAUGCGCUUUGCAAUGAAAUCCCGAAGGGGACCUCAUGUCCCCGUGGGACACAACGCCCCAAAGUUACAAGAAGAAAAAUCUGCUGGGGCUCUGGCAGCCCUUUUAAGUGAGAGAGAUGGACGUGGACUUAACAGUGGUUGCUUUGGGGACUUGAGAGAGGAGAUUGACAUUCGGCUGUCCAGGGUUCAAGACAUCAAGUAUGAACCUCAGCUCCUUGCAGACGGCGAUGCGAGACUGCUCCAGCUGGAAGCCCAGGGAAAUCAGAGCUGCUACAACUACCUGUACAGGAUGAAAGCCCUGGACGCCGUCCGCGCCUCUGAGAUCCCGUUUCAUGCUGAAGGCAGGCAUCCCCGUUCCUUAAUGGGCAAGAAUUUCCGCUCCUACCUGCUAGAUCUCCGGAACACUAGUACUCCUUUUAAGGGUGUGCGCAAGGCCCUCAUCGACACCCUGCUGGAUGGCUAUGAGACAGCCCGCUAUGGGACGGGGGUCUUUGGGCAGAGUGAGUACCUGCGCUACCAGGAGGCCCUGAGUGAGCUGGCCGCCGUGGUCAAAGCACGAAGCGGGAGCUCUCAGAGACAGCACCAGUCAGCCGCCAAAGACCUAACCCAGUCUCCUGAAGUCUCCCCGACAACCAUCCAGGUGACCUACCUCCCUUCCAGUCAGAAGAGUAAACGUGCCAAGCACUUUCUUGAACUGAAGAGCUUUAAGGACAACUAUAACACACUGGAAAGUACUCUGUGACGGGCUGACGGACACUGCUCCUGCUGCUGGUGGCCUCAGGUCAUCUGGCCGGUGGGCGCCGGUCAGCCGAAGUCCCACUUCGUCCGGAGCUCGUAGGGUUCACGCCUAGAGGAUCAUUCUCCAACCUGUUCUUACGGCCAGUUUCAGAGAAUUGGUUAGGACUUGAUUUUCCCUUGGUAGCACUUUUUUCUGGAGUUGAAUUCAGAUGUUUUAAUGUUUCCAUCAUGGCUUCCUUAAAAAUCCUCACUUGGUUUUGAUUAUAGUUUGUUCAUUGGCCUUUUUUCCCCUGUCCUCAGACUAUAAAUAGUCCUAAGUUGUAAGAGUUGGGGGAGCCGGGCCUGGUGCAUUCUAUGUCUGCCCCUUCAUACAUAGAUGGAUGGGAACCGUUUGUGUUUGAGACAUCUUCGAGUUGAUUGGUUGGAAAGGCAGACGUGAGCUGGUGGGGAGGUCUGGGGAGGCCGUGAGGUGCGCAGAACAGCUUGCCUGGUGCUCCGUGGAAACCAGGCUGUGUGGAAACGUUAACCCGGCUUGGUCCCCGGAAAUGCGAGGAUCGGCCUCAGGCUUUCUUUACAUGCUGUCCUGAAUAAAUGGGAAAGGGAAUGUUGGCACCUGACACGAUCCCACCCCCCCCCUCAUUUAUUGAGGACGCUAUAUGGGACAGUGAAGCAAUGGUCAGGCCGACGCCCUGCUCUGACGUUAAAACUAAUAAAAUGAACAAUUAAGA